GUACAAAGUAAACUUGAAGAUGUAAUCUAAAAAAAAGAGUUUAAUGAUACAAGCAUAACUCCGAAUACCUGCCUAGAUAAAGCCGAGACCCAUAUCUUAGCGCCGUGACAUGACCUUCCCGUCCCUUCCUCUUUUCAUUAGCUUACAGCUGGCAUUUUCAACGCCUUUCCACUCGGCAACUUCCGGGUCGUUCCCCUCUCUGCCGAUUGCAUCUUACCACUGUCUUAUCACGGGUAUCCCUCGCAAAGAAAAAUCACUUUCUCCUCGUGAUUCCGUCACCAAAAUCACAAUGGCCGCCACGUUCAGUCCUACGCCCUACCAAGAAGGGAGGCCACUAGAUCUCCAAGUGUGCAAAAGCUACUCCCCCGACCUGCCGUCCCGCGUUACCGCCACCAUCAGCAGAGUGAUCUCGAUGACCAUGUCCGUUGUACUGGAUGUCACCUUGCAGACGCGUCAGGGCCCGCCUGUACACCACGUGCUCAAGCUCUACGACCGUCGAUUUGGCUCCUGCCUGCGUGAAGUUCGCAAGGACAGCCCCGCGCCGAACCCACAGGAAAAUGAAGCAGCGUUCGAGGCCUUUGUCAGGCGGGGAAUGAUGCCCGGCUUCCUCCGCCAUCUAAAGGAAAGAAACGAGACCGAGAUGCUCGCGGUCAGGGCUCGGGAGUUCCUUGACGAGCCCGAUCGCACCGAAGGUCUUGCCAAGUACGAGGCCGCGCUCUGGCAGGACUGUAUCGAGCACUUUGAAUGCGAGACCAAGGCCUACCACCGACUCGCCGAUCUCCAAGGCACCUUGGUCCCGCGCAUCCACGCCCAUGUAAGUCUGUCGGCCGCUGAGCUCGCGACCAUCAUACCACAGGAAACAGCGCCCUACUUUGAAGUGAGAGGUAUCCUUCUGGAACGGGUCGACGGAUAUUGUCUAGAAGACCUGACGCUCGGCCCCCUACCACGAAACCUAAAGCCAUGGCACCACAUCAUCCAGGUGGCCGCUGAUGCAGCGUAUGAGAUCAACAAGCGCGGCGUCAUCAUGGAAGACUGUGCGCCACGCAAUGUGGUCGUGGACAGGCAGUCGCAGACACCGCGUAUCGUCGAUCUGGCACAGUGCAUCUUCCGGGAUGAGAUGGUGAGCGAAUGGUACGAGUGGGGGUGGCACGAAGACGAGGAUGAUUGGGAUCCGGAUGUCGAGUAUUGGGAGCAAGUGAGUACCAGGAGUAACCCAGGGGCGAUUGGGGCGGUUAUGGCGAAUCGUAUACAGAGGAAGACGGGUGUGAAGAUGGAUUUCAGGUAUCCGGACUGGAGUGGGAUUAUUGCUGAGAUAAGGCGGAGAAAAGAGGAGGCAGCCCUCUCUUCAACACCCCCUAAUGCCCCUUCCCCCAAACCAACCCCCUCCUCAACCACUCGGGCACAAAAGCCUUGAUCCUAGCCUUCUUCACCUCCUCUCCUUCACCUACCCUACAACAAACUCAUCCCCCUCCCUAAACCCGCCCGCGCCCGAACUCGCUUCACCCCGUCGUGGCGCACUAGUUAGGGGUCCGGGAUUACACAGUACUAUAGGUAGUUAGAUAUAUAAUCAAUCUACUCUUUAGUCUACCAA